GUGCACAAGGGGUGCGCGGAGUGUUUCUCGCGCGGCGCGCGCGGCGAACGCGAUAUAAGUGUUCGGUUUGGUGUACGGAAUAACGGGACUACAUCCACGGAGCGACAGGAGACGGACGCAGGAUGACAGGUGUCCGGCCACUCAGCGCGGCGAGCGCCGAACAGCAGCUCAUCGACGCGCAGCUGCGAGCCGAACUCGACGGCGUCGGGAGAUCUCGGCGCACCGACGAGCAGAACUCGGCCCCUGGCCCCGGCUACGCUGACGGCGGCAGCGGCGGCGGGACUUGGUGCGGGCACACGGCACCGACCUGGCCUUAUCACCAGCCAGAUGGACGGCAGAGGUUCGACGCCCCCCAAGCGGGCCCUGGGAGCGGCAGACCGGCACCGUACAACGAGCACAGUGGGUCGGCGCCUGUGGGAAACGCCCCCUGGCCGGGACCUAUGGACGGCCCCAAUCGGCCCCCGGCGCCGGGCAGGCUAUACGGGAGAGAGCCGGUUUAUGGUCCGGGCCCGAGCGCUGCGCCGGCUUGGCCCAGCGCCGGCUGGGCGCAGGGCCGGCCGCGGCCGAGUGAGGUACCGAGCGGCGGCGGGCACCCGCGCGAGUUCGGCGGCCGGGAGAGUGGCCGGGCGUGGGGCCCGGUGCCGGCGCCCCAGACGAACGACGGGGCACGCGGGAAUCGACAGGAACCGGAGUGGGGCCCGGCGCCCAUGCCACCCGGGGGCGGUGAGCAUCAAGCGAACCACACGGUAGAGACCGGACUGGGGCCACCUGCGGCCGUCGGAACCCGCGGCAGCCUACACCGGGGCCGGCGUCGUCGGAGGAGCGUCGAUAGCGGGAGCCCGCCGCGGCGGCGCCGACGAACAGCGGCGUCUUCCUACACGGCCUCGUCGUCAUCAGAAGACGACAUGGAAGAUCGGCGGCAGUCAUACCGACGGGCGCCAGUCCGGUCGACUGCCGCGGCCGCUCCCGCUGAUCUGCGUCUACCUGCGGUUCAAGCGCGGGCGGAGCGGCGGCUCCGCAAUCGGCGGCGGUUCGUGUCAGUCGCCGACGCAGCCGACGCCGCUGAGACUCGGCCAGCGAGCAGCGUGGAGUACACGUGUCGGGUCGCGGAGAUAAUGACUCACACCGUGUAUCACUUCCCGGAGUGCGGUCUGCAAGCGAUCUGCUACCUAGCCUGGCUGCUGUGGCAAGCGGUCCGCCAUCCGCUGCGGGCAGUCGCGGCGGCCGACAGCCGGGCUCGACAAACCAUGGCACUAAGACCGCGUGAUUACCUAACCGCGGCUGACCUUGACCGGUUCAUGGUUCCGGUGACCGGCGCCGGCGACGGCCGCACGACGGAAGGAAGGCGGGGAGAGGCUCGGAGAGGGCAAACGUGCUUUCUCUACGAACAACACAACGCCUGCAGCAACCCCUGCCGGGCGGGGCGCAUUCACCCACGGUGCGGAGCCUGUGGGUCACGUGACCACCCCUCCGCCUUCCACGGCCCGGCCGGCGCCGGGCACCGCGGCGGAUUCGGAGGUUUGGCUACCUUUGGUCGCGGAGGGGCGGGGCGCGGAGCACUGUUCCGCGGCGGAGCGUUCCGCUAAUGAGAAAAAGGACGAACAGCGGCAAGUGAAGCCGGCCGACACCGUCAUCAACAUCGAGCAGCUGGACGCGGUGCUGCGGGCCUGCCCCCUUAUUAGCCAAGAUGACAGAGAAACUGUCGUUGGGCGGUUCCGGCACGGGGCCGACAUUGGUUACCGCGGUGCGGCGCGGAGCCGUUUCGUAAAAAACAAUCAGUCCGCCGAACGGCGCCGUGCCGGGGUGACGGCAGCCAUUCGGCGAGAGGUCGCGGACGGCACGACACGGGGACCGUUCCGUGUUCCACCUCUGCCGAACAUGAUAGUGAAUCCAUUGAGUGCGCGCGAUAAACCUAAUGGCGAAGUGCGGCUUAUUUUAGAUCUAUCACAGCCGAGAGAUGUCGGGGUCAACGCCGGCAUAGACCCAGACGAGUUUCGUGUGACGUACACAUCAUUCGAUGAGGCCGUGCGGUUGAUUUUCCUAGCUGGAGGCGCCGGGACCUUGUUGUUCAAGGCCGAUGUUAAAAAUGCAUUCAAACUUAUACCCGUCCGGCCCGGCCAGUGGUCGCUACUGGGGUUCUGUUGGGACGGUCUACUAUACUACCAGGUUUGUCUGCCAUUUGGGGCUAGAAGCAGUCCACGGAUUUUUAAUGAUUUUGCCACAUGCUUGCGCCUAGUGUUUCAGGAUCAGACAUCGGACGUGUAUAUACGCAAUUAUUUAGAUGACUUCUUCGGGGUAGGGCGCGGAGGAUCGGACAGUGCCGACGUAGCGUAUGCAAGACUGCGAGACAUUUGUGCGGAAGUGGGCGUGCCGCUGGCCGAGCGGAAAUGCGCCCCACCAUCAACACGGAUGGAGCUUCUCGGUGUUGUGAUCGACACAGAAACAAUGACCCUAGCGUUGCCAGACGCCAAGCUAGUGGGCAUCCAGGAGUUACUAAAGACACUGCUCGGGCGACAGAAAUGCACACAGCGGGAACUUCUGUCGGUGGUGGGACGUCUAGUACACGCCAGCAAGUGCGUCCCGCCGGGGAGGGCGUUCACUAGACGCCUGCUAGAUGCGGCGCACUCUGUUAGCGGACCGAACCGCCGGGUGCGGAUCACGGCCGAUGUACGGGCGGAUUUACGGUGGUGGGCCACUUUUUUGCCAAUGUGGAACGGCAUCUUUCCCCUGCUCCCGCCACCGGGCGAGUACGAUCACUGUAUUGUGAUGAACACGGACAGCUCACGUCGGGGGAUGGGGGCGUGGCACGGAGACGAAUGGUGGAUGAUGGAGUGGCCCCGCGAGCUGCAGUGUGACGCCGCGCCAUCCAUGACGUGGCUGGAGCUCAUCCCCGUCAUGGUGGCAUGUUUGGUGUGGGGAGAGAGAUGGGGCGGGCGCCGCGUGCUGAUCCGGUCCGAUAACAUGGGGGUGGUGGGGGUCUGGGGGAGGGGAUGGUCGGGGUCGCCACUGAUUAUGGCGCUGCUGCGUCAGCUCCUGUUCUGGACGGCGUUACAUGGGUUCGCUGUAUCCGUCGAGUACGUGGCAACAAAAGAGAACGGCGCGGCCGACGCGCUCAGUCGGCACGACUUGGCGCGGUUCCGGCGGCUGCGGCCACAGGCGGCCCAGUGUCCGGUCCGGCCACCAUCGUGUGUGGCGGAGUACCUGCAGGACCCGAGCCGUGGAGCCCACGUGCUGACUGGGUACCGCCUGUGAACGGGACACGCGCGCAUAAUCAUGAA